AUGACCAACACAGACAGACGGUUGGUGGAGAAGGCUUUGAAACGAUUGGCGAGACUGUUUGAGCUGUGCACUGAUCCACGUUUAGGACUGAAAAACAGCCCUCCUUACCUUCCUGACCUGUUGAGCGAGACCACCGCCCUGCUCCUACACGUGUGGGAGCCGUACCAGGACCCCAAGAUGACACCCGCUCCAACACCCAGGGGAGACGAGGCCCGGUAUCUGCGAAUUUACACUAGAAAUCUGCUGGAUAAGACCGACAAGGCCCUGAUGCUGUUCAAAGAGGGGCAGGAGAAGGUUUUUGAAGCGACAUCAAGCUGUAGGAAAAACUUGACGAAGCUUUCCCUGCUCUUUAGUCACAUGUUGUGGGAAAUCAAGGCGCUGUUUCCUGGAGGGACUUUCCACGGAGACGCCUACAGUGUGACCAAGACCGAGGCCCAAGAGUUCUGGAGGCGCUCGUUCAGGCACAAGUGUUUAGUGCAUUGGAAGAGUUUUAAAGAGAAGCUGCAAAGUGUUCAUGCGUUUGAGGAGGGGAUGGAGGCGAUGGCUUUGAAGUCCACCAUUGACCUGACGUGUAAUGACCACAUAUCCGUGUUCGAGUUUGACAUUUUCACCAGGUUAUUUCAGCCCUGGAAGUCUCUCUUGAGAAACUGGAACUGUUUAGCGGUGACCCAUCCCGGCUACAUGGCCUUCCUCACCUAUGACCAGGUGGUGCGCCGCCUGCAGCACUACCUCCACCGCCCCGGGAGCUACAUCUUCAGACUGAGCUGCACUCAAAUGGGACAGUGGGCCAUAGGUCAUGUGACCGCAGAGGGUGAAGUCAUCCAGACCAUCCCCCAGAACACACCUCUGUACUGGGCUCUGAUCCAGGGCUUCAAGGAGGGCUGCUAUUUGUACCCAGACGGCCGCGACAUGAACCCAGAUCUCACCAGUCUGUGUGAAUCAUCCCAAAAGGGACAAGUCAAAGUCACUGAAGAGGAGUACGAGUUGUAUUGUGAGAUCGGCAGCACGUUCCAGCUGUGUAAGAUCUGUGCGGAGCGAGAUAAGGACACCAGGAUCAAGCCCUGUGGUCAUCUUCUGUGCCACACGUGUCUGUCGGGCUGGCAGAAGUCAGCAGGCCACAGCUGCCCCUACUGUCGCUGUGACAUCAGAGGCACAGAGGCGGUGCUGGUGGAGCCCUUCUCUCCGGACUCACACUCACAGCAGGAGGAGCCCGAGGAGGAGGACCACGAGGACAUCCAAGUGAUGGUCAGAGAGAUGGCUGCUCUAAAGUGUGGCAGUUUGGAGUACCAGACGCCCUCCUCUCGCCCCGUCCCAGUCCCUCCUCUGCCCAGUAAAUGUAGAAAGGCGUCCCAGGACCACACUAUCUCUGCAGACUCCAACCACCGCUCCCUUCACUCCACAAGCUCCGUGGAGAUCACCGAGACCCUGAGCAACAACGAAGCAGCCGAAACUCAGACCAGAAGGCCCCAAAGUGGUGACUCUAGUUCCCUGAAGGAGAAAAGUUCCAGUGGUCUGAAAGUGCAGCGAGAACGUACUUUCUCCAGCAGUGCAGAAUGUCUGACAGUUAGUCCACCCUCCUCCACAAAAACAGAAUGCGCAGCAGCGUGGCUCGGACCGUCCAGCCCAGUGAAGAACAGGCGACAGGUGGAGGGAGAGCUGAGGGGAGCUGUGCUGAAGAAGGACCAGGGUUCAGUGGCAGAAGUGACCAGAACCAUGUCCUCCUGA